UUUCUUGUUUGUAAACAAAGCCUCUGGGUUCCACCCUCCGGCUGGAGCCGCGCCUAUAGCCAUCUUUAGGGCUAAUGCGCAUGCGUUGUGUACCCCUUCCUCGUGCGACAGUUGCUGCUUUGGCCGCGUGGAAAACAACGGAAAAAGAGCGUGAGAGGGCAAAGCGGAUCGCAGGAGCAAGUUCCAUCGAGCUCAGUGGGGGUUCCGUGCAAAUAAGUGGGUAUGUCAUGGCAGCCUUGCUUGUCCUUAUAGGAAAAGGAAAUGGAUUGCCUUCAAGUCGAUCUCGACUUAUGGCGACCCUAUGAAUAGGGUUUUCAUGUUUCUUCAUUCCAGCUACCAGUGCCAGCAUCGCACAGGAGGCCCCCAUGGCUCAGAAUCACCAAGCCAAUAGCAGUUCUCCUGAGAGGAGACCAGUCCUGGUGUCAUCUGGUUCAUCCUCCAGUGAGCUCUCCUCAUCUGGGCCUACCAACCUGCAGCCCUUCUCCCUGGGCCGUGUGUCAUCCUCCUCUUCAAGCAAUCUCUCCUCCAUCACGGUGCCUGUGCGCUUGGAUGUCCUCUACUUCCUCCUCAACAGCGCUGCCAAAGGAGCACAGUAUGCUCUGCGUCCAACACCCAUUCAUGGUGGACAGGGGUCUUUCGCCAUGUGCCAUUGUCCGGCUGCUCAUAGCACAGUGAGCUGCUGCCACUCGAGUUGCCACAGCGUGCCGAGCAGUGCUGGCAUCCAGCCACAGCCGGGCGGAGUCCACCAACAGGGAGCACCUUAUGGAGGUUAUGGUGGCUGUGGAGGGCUGAAUAGCGGAGUCAGAGAGCGUCAAAAUGAUGGAUGCCAUUGGACCAGUGUGGCCCAACGAGGUGAUGGAAAGAGCUGGUCUGACUGUAGCCCAUCCCACUUGGCAGGGGGUUGGAAGAGAACUCAGUCCCCAAUGGGCUGGAAGGAGAACCAAAGAGGAGGAGGAGGAGGAGGAGGAGACCGUGCUACUGGGGGUAGUUGGCAAGGCAAGCAGCAGAAUUUCAGAAGGUUCUGGGGUGACCGGAGGCAAGGCACUGUUGAGUCGAGCUCUUGGAAGUCAGGCUUGCAAGGCUGGAGGAGAGAAGGGUCUCCUUUCAGGUCAAGCACCAGCAACGGUAAAAGUAACCCAGAAGGGAGCCAUUGGCAGAGUUCCAGGGAAGCCCCCGAAGCAAAAAGGAGUUUGGAUGGUGCCACCGGGAAGGGAUGGCAGAAAACUCAAGGAACUGGAGAAUCUGCUAGCUUUGUAGGCAAGGCUAAAGAUGCUGGACUGGCCAAAACAGCAGCUCAGGAGAGCGGAGAAGACUGGGAGGUGGAUUAUGAGAGUGGGCAAUCGGUUGUCCCUGCUACGGGGAGUGUUCCCUGCACUCCCCACCAGAAUGACCAUUCCAACACUUCCGAAGCAAGUGAAGAUUGGGAAAGGGAAUGUGCUUCGUCUGCUGAUCCUCCCAAACUGAGGCUGUUGACCUCUCCUCUUCCAGAGUCGGCUUCCAACGACCAGGGAGUAACUGCUGCAGAUUGGAGCAAGAACGGCGGGUUUGUCAGAUACCUGAAGAACCUUUAUACUGACCUGCCGGGGAAGUCCAGCUCUGAAGGCUCCAUGGAUCUGUCCAUUGACACCGAAGUGAAGCCAUCCGAACCAGAUGAGGAGGAGCAGUCCCUAGAGAAUGCCGCUGUUGCGGAAUCUAAAUCUUGAGAGAGAAGAGCGAAACCACACGAUUUGGCUGGGAAGGGGUUGAGAGAAGAGAUUGAUUGCCAGAAAUACAGAUCAGCAGCAUGGAGAGUCUCUGUAUGAUGGCAGCCACUGACAGCCCUAAUUCAGGUGUUGUUGCAAACUAGAAAUUCCAUACCUAGGUUGGAGUGCUGGGAUGAGUGCCUUAAGGAUAUCUGUCACCCUCAGAGUUCAAGGACAACUGUCUGCAGUAGCAAAGUCUCCUGUACUUACGAAGUCUCUUUCAUGAUGUAGCAGACUUCUACAUUGCACAGGGAGCCUAAGCAAGUAGGCCCUGCUUCACACAGGCUGCAUGCACACCACGCAUUUAAAGCACAUGGCUUCCCCCAAAGAAUCCUGGUAUUUUUUUACCCUUCACGGAACUAUAUUUUCCAGCACCCUUGACAAACUGCAGUUCCUGGGAUUUUUUGGUGGCGGUCUGGUGGUUUUAAAUACAAGAUGUGUACGCAGCCACACUUGCUCUUGAAACUUGCAGCUUGUCCCUGUGCUUCCCCCACCCCACUCCAGCACACAUGGGAUUUCCAGUUUGCAGUAACACCUGAAUAGGAUGGAUGUGUUUAGUUGUUCUAAACAAUAAUAGUUGGGGUGGGUAGGUGCCAGUGGCCAAAGAUGCCAUUUUUGGUGGCAUUCGCUGAACAGUUGUAAUAUGUGCUCUGUUCCUCUGUCGAUGGUGUGCUAUUGUAGUCAAUUUGAAAAAGACAACUGUUUGUUUCAGCAAAUGGAUGGCAUGGUUUGCAAGCCAUUGAAGACAAAAGAAUUUGGAUGGAUGCCUGUGCAAUCCAUGGCAGGAAUUUUACUGCAGUAUUUCUUUUUGACGGGUGUGGGCGUGCAUUUGAUCUUAACUAUGAAGGGUUAAGCUUUUGGUUCUGUUUGUAUUUAAUAUGAGAACAAGUUACAUUUUGAAGGCGAAGGGAGAAGCACACACACACAAAUCUUCUAAACGUUGGUUGAUUCAGUCGUUGAUAUAUGUAGCAGUUAUGUUAAAGUGAACUAGGUGUUUUGCAGAAGUUAAUUAUCAUUGUAAUAUUUUGAUAAAGAAAUCCAGAACUGGAAAGCUCAGAGGGUGAGACUGCAUGCAGAUAAACCACGUGAUGCAGAGAUCCUGAGAGUACCAUUUCAGACUCUACAUGGGGGAAUCAUGUUUGAAUGCUUCUCCAUGUAAAAACUGAAAGGAAAUUCCUUCCUGUGGAAACUCUCUCAUGUGGUGGCCUUUAUGUAGGGAGACUUACUUUAUGUGGAAGAAGCAUUCAGACAUGAAGUUUGUUGCCUACACUCUGAAAUGGUAUCAUCCCAGGAGUACUACAUUGCACUAUUUGUCUGCACGUGUAUAUCAGCUCUAAGAUGAUGAUGUUUGGUGUAGCUGGCAAAUCUAGGUGCAUUAACCUAGCAAUCUAAAAAACUUGGGGUUUAUGUUGGGGAUUUCUGUAAAGAUUUUUUUUAAAAUCCCUAUACUUCUAAUGUAGUGAACCUGGCUUGCUUUGAAAGGUCCAAGAUAAAUACCACUGUGGUGAGUUUGGAAUGUAUGUUACAUCAUCAUUUUCAACUUAACUUUUCUGUGGGCUCAGCCUUUUAUCCCCUUCAAGCCAUGUACACCAAGAUGGUUGUUUGUUUAAUUACAAAUGUGUAAAAUCACAUUUUUCUGUAAACUUACUGCAAUAAAGAUAAAGUUGG